GGUGAGAGUGUCAUAUGUCUUCCAACUAUGAUCAUGAUAUCAGCCGCUGCACGCACCCCUCGGGCAGUAUUUUACUUUUAGGCUCCCACGUUCCGUAGCAAGCUGACUACACUACACUUCUAACUCACAUUCUUGCCAACCCAUCAAAUCUAACGACUACCUGUCGCGGAGUACAGCCUCAUAUCCCCAACCCCACCGGGUCAAGCCGUGCUAUCAUUUGCCUGCCAUGCCAGAACGGGACAGAGAGACUGAAAUGGAGCUCAAGGCGGCGUUGAAAGUUGCCAUUAACGCUGUUCAGGAAAUGCACGGCCGACUUGGAUUGGACGGACUCUACCUGCAGUCAGCUAGCGAAAUUGGUCAAGAAGCAGCUCAAGAAUACAAGGACCGCGCAGAAGAAGUCUUCCGUAUCCAGGAACUUUCCGACAGAACGAAACCAUUUAUGAGGAUCGGCCGCCGCAGUUCUACCUUUGAACAGAUACGCGAGUUCCAUCGUUUUGCCUGCUACCGUCUCCAGUGCCCCGAAGCUUACUUUUCCAUGGCCGACGUUACCCAGGAUGCGGUCUGGUCCCUGUCCGACGUGGGUAUCGGGGAUGCGGUCGACAUGCAGGACUUCGAGGAUAUGCGGACAUACAUGGGCGCAAGGAUUGCUUGGAUCGAGAGGCAACGACGUCUCGGGAGGGAGUGCUAUCCCGAACACGGCCGGUACAGUUAUCUACUCACUCGCCCGGCUUGCAUUCGAGACGCUCUAGGCGAAGACAAGAAGUGGAUAGUUGAUUAUGCCGCUGUUCUGCCACUUGAGCUCGAAUUGCUCCUGUCUCUCACGUAUCAUCUGAAGAACCUCUUCGCAAUUGCAUCGCAUCACUUUGGUAGGAUGCCACUCAAGGAAGAUCUGGACAUGAAGAAGGUCACCACGCCUUGGACAAGGGAGGCUCUGGAUUCAGGGCAUCACGAAUGCGAAAUCUGUCGAUUCAAGUUUGGUACGGAGUUCAGUGACGAGGAGUGCGUCGAACCAGCCAUCAAGGCGGCAUGCGGACAUGUGCUGGGCGAAAUGUGCACUCGGAACUGGGUCAAAGGUGGAAAUAGGAAUUGCCCUAUCUGCACCCGUCCUCUCCUCGACCUUGAACGUGCUCUGCCGGCCAAGAAGGCUCCUCUUUAUCGAAAAAUCAGGCUUCUGGAGAUUCGAAAUGCGGAGCUGGAUCCACGAGUCGACAACUUCUUUCUGGCCAAGCCGCAGGUGUGCAAUGGUGUCGAGUUGCAGCGAUUGCUGGAGGCCCAGAAUAGCAUAAUCGCGGAUUUCGGGAAUGCGGAGGAUGAGAAGUCCAAGAUGCUUCCGAUGAUUUAUGACGAGGCGGAUUCACCUGAUGGCAUGAUUCCCCUGUGGGAACCGGACUGGGAGUAGAAGGGCCUGAAGUGGUGGACCAGCGACGGCGAGAGAGGGUCGAGACAGCUAAAUCAUCACGGCUUUUCCAUGGUGGAGGCUAUGCAGCUAUAAUGUAUGCUUCACACCACGGUUGGAUACAUCCCCC